ACAGCCAGCACCACACAGACGUCCCUCGGCAGUUUAGUCGCCGGUCACUCGGCGGAAAACACAGAUACACUGACGUUCGUUUCCAAAGGACAGACCCGGACAAUGAAACUAUCUGAAGUACAUUUUAAAUAGAUUUAACGGCUGCGCCGACACUCGGGCCGCGCGCCGUUAGACGGAUUAACAGAUAGCUAAGUCAAUAGAUAGAUUUCGUAGGGAGAGGAGGAGAAAUCAGAGAGAGAAGAGGAGGAGAGAACCGAGACAAGGGGAGGACGGACGGACCGGAGAGGAAGGAGAGGAGGCUGGAGAAAACAGAGAAAAGGGAAGAUUUUUCAGGGGGGGAGUUUGGUGUUGUUUUCGGUCUCCUCUCCUUCUCCCGAUCUUCUCCAGACCAGCCCCUCAUAUCCUCGUCUCCUGGAGCAUUUAUGUCUGAUUUUAGGAGGCUUUAAAUGUUGAACUUGAUGGGUGUUUUAAACGCCACCGCCGCCAAUGUCUCCUGUACUUGUAACUGCAAGCGCUACACCUCCCCGAACAUGGAAAUCUCCCAGCUGGAAUUUGUCAAGAUCUUGGUGAUCGUGGUGGUCAUGAUGGUUAUGGUGGUGGUCAUCACCUGUCUGCUGAACCACUACCGCCUAUCAGCACGCUCCCUACUCUCCAGACACGCACCCACGCGGCGGAGACACCUGCCGCUGGCCAAUGAGGGAGGUCUGUGGUCCUCUGAGAGCACAGGGACAAACAGUGGUCUCAAUGAGCACCAGGUGUACAGCCCACGUCCUCCAGACAGAGGGGUUUCAUCCUACCUGCAGCGGGACCCGCAGCAGAACCAGACCCAACCGCAGCGCUUCCAGCACACGUAUGCCCCGAGUCGUUUCCAGCCGACGUACCCCUACCUGCCCCAAAGCCUCAUCGAUCUUCCUCCCACCAUCUCCCUCUCAGACGGCGAGGAGCCCCCGCCGUACCAAGGUCCUUGCACCCUGCAGCUCAGAGAUCCUGAGCAGCAGAUGGAGCUGAACCGCGAGUCGGUCAGAGCACCGCCCAACCGAACAGUGUUCGACUCCCACCCCCUGGACCCGUCCAACUCCUGCCUGCAAGCCAGACUGCAGGCCCCUCCCCCAAGCGUCCAUUCAGGCAUCAGUGUAUUGGAGGCCCAGGAGGCCUUGUCCCGGCAGCAGAAACAGGGCUCUGGAGGUGAAGGUGCUCCUCCGGCAUACAGCGAGGUGAUUGGACACUACUACCACCCGACAUCUCUGAACUCCAACCACCGGACUGUCUCGUCCUCACAGGCACCCCCUUCCUCGCUCAUACACGGCCUUCUCAGACCUCCGCCUCAACAGCAAGGAAGUGUGGACAACAGGAAUACAAGGAAUACAAAGGAGAAAUCCCAGAAGCCUCAGCAGGUGUGACAGGGUUGCAUCCUUCUCCCUGAUAACGUCAGCUUGCCUCUGGGGUUAUCAUCUGUGGGCUGUGUGGAAAGAUCACAUAAAAGGCCAACUCCGCUCUGUAUGGUUAAAGAACUGGUUAAUAUUAGUUAUGGUUCCAGCCGACGUGUGAUCAGUCUUUGUGUCCUCGUCUCACAGAUGGGACGAGAGCUGAGCAGCAGCAACACACACAGGCUUUUCAUUAGCUAAGAACACCUGGAAACCACAUCACAUCUGUAAAGCACAGCCACAGGAGAACAUCUGGUUCUUCUUGUCUCACAGCUUCCUACUUCCUGUUUGAGGAGCACUUCAGAUGAACACGUGAUGUUAGAGAGAGAAGGGGCAGAUGGUGGAAAAGAGGAAUACAGAAGCCAAUGAUUCUUCCUCACCCCUCCUGAAUCAGCCUAAUCUACACAGUCUUCAUUAUAAAUAUUUACUUGUUCUGUUUGUUACUAGAAGUCUUUGUGUUUGUUUGUCACUUCAGCGCCUGCGAAAAGCUUCAAUCGUUUUGGUUCCUUCAGGAUUUGUUUUAUUUUCUUGUGAUAAUCCAGCCCUUGAAAUCCCAUAUCUCAUUCUCGACCUCGCAACACAGCAUCGGCAGCAACUCCUGCGCCCAGCUUUGUUUUUAUCAGCGGGACACGUUAGCAUGCUAUUUUUCAUGUCCACAAAGAAUCUUAGAUUUAGUUAGCAUUGUCUUAAACCAGCCCACCAGUUAUAGCACACCGCUAACUGUCCUGAAGCUGAAAGCUCUGCCUUACAUUGACCACCUGCUGCAGAAGAUUUUAUGUUUUCUGAGGAGUGUUUGCACAAAGUCCUGACUAUUUGCAGACAAAAAAAAAAGAAAUCUGUAAUGUGAUGGAUAAAGAGAAAGGGUCGAGAAACUAGGGGUGUUUUUCUAAACUUGAUGCGUUCUUAAAGAUUUUUGUUUUUUCCUGUGUUUUAUUCGAUGUCUAGUUUUAGAAAAUGAGACAAACAUCAAUAAUCUGUUGGGUGCCAACUUUCACAUUGAACAUUUUUGCAUCAUACAUGUAACUUGUAUAUUCAAUACUUAUGGAGUAUGUGUAUAUAUAUAUAUAUAUAUAUAUAUACACACACACACAUACACAUGUAUGCAAAGCGAAAGAGGAAAGCACGCGUUAAGAAUUAUUUAUAUAAUUGCUGAAAAGAAUUGCACUAUUUUUUAGGAUGCCCAGAUGGAACGUAUGAGAGAGAUUUUGGUUGUGAAGGAGCUCUGUUUAUUGAGGUAUUAAAAGACAGCAAAGUGAAAAGACGGCGACUUACCACAGACCGACACGGUGCACUGCAGCUGCUAUCACAAACUGUUUAUGGGGGGAUCCUGACUUUGGUCCAACGGACUCAGACCAACCAUUUCUGUACCACUGAUUAAAAAAAAAAAUCUUUGGUUUAUGCAAAUGUCUGAGUCCUGCGAGCCACCCAAAAGUAGCAUCCAACCUGUGGGUCCAAUCAGAAACCUGUAGCUCUCUCUCUCUCAUCCUAUUGGCCGAAUCAUUAGCCAAUCCCAAAGCUGGCUGCUACUACCUCGACCAAACAAGCACAUCAGAGUUUGUCCACAUUAAUCAGACUUUGUCACAUUAAAGAAACGUCUGAGCUAAUCAAGACAAUGUGUAAUGUAGAAAUAAGUAGAGUAGGGUGUAGUUGAACUAGCUUCUUGUUUUAAAUACAGCUGUGUUAUUUUAUUUGAAUGUCAGAGUCUUUGUUCAGCAGGUGAGAAGAGAGAGACACCUAACGUCCCUCAUUGUAGUGCAUUACUCAGGAAUGAAGCCAGUCGCCCAACAGGCCCUUAAACAUCUGAUAACGCUGACUGUGCACCGCUGUGGUCACACAUGAACGCAUCAGACAGACAUUUGUCAUCACAUGCCUCCACUUUCUUUUAAAGUUGCAUCUCCUCUGUCUUUACAACACAAACAGUUACCUUGGUUAAGUUUCCCACUCUUGCAGGCAUCUCUGAGCACUUUAUCGGACCAGAAAAGAGACAACAAUCCUCUGUUCAGCCAGCAUCAGCUUCGCCUCACCGCCACACCACAGAACUCCAAAACUAGCGUACAACUCUAUACUUUUGUCCACAAGAUUCUUCAGUGUUUAAAGCUUCACUUUUAAAAGAUGCAAGGAGCCAUGUACCAAAGCUUUAGACAUAUUUCUGUUAGAAAAUAAACCUCAAUUGAAAUCAGAAUUAUAUUUUUAAUCUAGCCUGAGAUUUAAUGCCGACUUUAGACAUUUGCUCAUAGUUUGAACCAUUUUUUGUGUUUAAGUUUUGGGGCAAAACAAUUUGAGUGUUGACCGCCGCACAAGACAGGUUGUUGAAACUAGACACACUGAAGUGUUGACAAGUGACACGAGUGUUAAUAGCAGCAUGUCCUGUGUCAUGUCUCUAAAAGUGUAGAAAUAGCACAGUUUUAGCCCAUUGCAUGAGAUGCAGUUUGGCGACCUUCACCGGGACCCAACACAACUGCAGCCAAAACUCCUGAAGCUGACUUCACUUUGCAGCCUGAGGGGAGAGCCCGAGGCCAAAAAAAAGACAUUUUAUAAUCCAAUACGAGGAGUCUUUCUUUUUUUUUUUCCUUUCUUCUGUAAAUCACAGGCUUUAAAGAAAGCUCUGACAACCACACAUAACUUUUUAAAACAGAGUCAAGAAUAUAACCACAGGCAAUCGUUAGAAAUCCCAAAUGUUCAUGUAAAAUCACCUUCCUGUGGUUUGAGGGGAUUUUCUAAAUCCUCAAAGACUCGUUAACAAUUCAAACUGAAAAUAUAAAGUCUACUGCACAAUGAGAGCGAACUUGCUUUUUCCAAUAGAAAUUUGCGGAGAGGAAAGGUAAAUUUUACACAGGCUCCCUGUCAAGGUUGAUGAAAUUGGACGGGUGGAUUUUGCAGAAUCUUGUUGAACUGCAGCGAUCACAUACCUGCACCUCAGCUUUGCCUUUAUAAAGAUGAUAACUAUCCUUAGAGAAACCAUAGCAUACUAACCAAAGUCUAAAACUUCAUUUGAGUUUGUUGCUUUUCAUUGUUUUAUAAUCAUUUAUAAGUGAUAAAUAAGGUUUAGAAUAUUUGGUUUUGCAGCAGACUGAAUAUUUUAUUCAAAUUGGUAGAGGCUCUCAAACCGGAAAGUCCACAAUUUAAUUCCUGUCAUACAUAAAAAUACAUA